AUCUAGGUGGCGACGGCUUUUGCUGUUGAUAAAAACAAGUGGUGUGUAAUUUUGUUUCUGUGAAUUACAUAUCCACGUCUCUGUCUCUGGUUGUUGUUCUAGUAAUGAUGGACAUGGACGAGGGUGAAGACAAUGAGUGGGAUCGCAGUUUAGAGUCAGACAUGCUGGAAACAGAAUGCACUAACAGAGUUCCAGCCAUCUCUCAUAGAGUGAUCCUACACUUUGACCAAGACUGCUUCUAUGCACAAGUUGAGAUGAUCCGAAAUCCAGCUCUGCGGAACAAGCCUCUAGGUAUACAGCAGAAAUAUAUUAUAGUGACUUGUAAUUAUGUUGCGAGAGAGCUUGGUGUGACUAAGCUGAUGUCAGUGACUGAUGCGGUGGAGAAAUGCCCGCAGCUGGUGCUUGUGAAUGGAGAAGAUCUCACCCAUUAUAGAGAGAUGUCCUAUAAAGUUACUGAACUGCUGAUGUCAUAUUGCCCCCUGGUGGAGAGACUGGGCUUUGAUGAGAACUUUGUGGAUAUUACGGAAAUGGUGGAGAGAAGACUGAAGGAGACCUGUAUUUCAGAUCUCUCCUUCAACGGACACGUAUACAAACACAAAUCUUCAGAUGUGGUGAUUGAUGAGGAGAAUGCUUGUCUGGCUGUCGGCUCUAUGGUAGCAGCUGAACUCAGGCAGGCCAUGUUCAGUACACUGGGACUAACUGGCUGUGCUGGAAUUGCUAACAGCAAACUCUUAGCCAAGCUGGUGUCAGGCACCUUUAAACCCAACCAGCAGACCACACUUCUUCCAUACAGCACUGCAGAGCUCAUGAGCAGCCUUACAGGACUGCGUAGAGUGCCUGGAAUUGGAUACAGGACAGGUGAGAAGCUGAAGGCUCUGGGUCUGGUCAGUGUGCAAGAUCUGCAGUUAUUCCCUCUGCCUGAACUAGUGAAGGAGUUCGGGGAAGUGAUGGCUAAAAGGAUUCAGAACCUCGCCUGUGGCAACGACGACUCUCCAGUCACACCGGCAGGUCCUCCUCAGUCUCUAAGCGAUGAGGACUCAUUCAAGAAAAUUUCUACACUAGCAGAAGUCACAAAGAAAAUAGAAGAUCUACUCAUCAGCCUUACUGAGAGGAUGUAUAAAGAUGGCAGGCAGCCCCACACGUUCAGACUAACGAUUCGCAAAUACUCAGCCACUAAUCGCUGGUUCAACCGAGAGAGCAGACAAUGUCCUAUUCCCAACCACACCGGGCUCAAGAUCACAUGUGGAAGCAGUGAGGCUCUGCCCCAGUUACUUUCAAUGGCAAUGAAGCUCUUUCAUAAAGUGGUGGACUUACGUGAGCCGUUCCAUUUGACCCUACUGAAUGUGUGCUUCAGUAACCUGCAGGCCAAAUGCUCCAGCAAGAGAUCCAUCGUCUCUUUCUUUGCACAGAAAUCCCCUGCUAUGGUACCAAUGUCAUCUCAGCAGCAGGUGGAACCUGAUCUCUGUGAGUCUUUUGCAAGUUCCCAGUUCACUCAGGCAGAUGUUUUGCCUACAGAAGAUAAUACACGGAGCAGCAUGAUGCCAUUAAAACACAUAUUGAUGACCUCAACCCCAAAAUCACAGACUGAGCAAUCUCUAAUCAGGCCAAAACCUUUCAUAUUUCCUAGAAAGCCUGUUUUAAAGAACUCAGAUGCUACAUACAUGAACGCAAAAGAGUCUUGCAAAGUAUUCGUAGAAAAAGUGUGUUCCAGUCUGCCUCCAGAUGUUGAUCCGGAAGUAUUCAAACUCCUACCUGAACAUAUUCAGAUGGAGCUGAUUUCUAGCUUUCAAAAUGAAGACUCUGUACAGCUUUACAACAGACCCGCUGGCCCAUCUUCCAAAUAUUCUGACCCCACAGAUCACUCUGUGUUCAGUUUCAGCCAGCCAAGAACGUCAGCAUCUUGUGAGUCAGCACUGACUUGUAACAGAAAUUGUGGAUUCAACGAGACAUGUUCCUCUCACCAGUCCUCCAUAGAAGUCAAUUCUGAGUAUGGUAAAGCCUCAGAAUGCUGUGGUAACCCUCCCACACCCCAAACACCUCAAUCCGAUGUUCCUCCAAAUGUGGACCCUUAUGUGUUCUCUCAACUUCCUGUUGAUGUGCAGAGAGACUUACAGAGAGAGUGGAGACAACAGAAGUCUGUUCUAAAAAUCCCCACAAAACACUCACACAAAACCUCCAAUGCCAGAGACAAGAGGACUACUGCUAAAGACAGCCAGUGUAACAACAUCCUGAAAUAUUUUAAACCCAACUAAGAACAUUUUUUAGUGUCACUUGAGUGCCUGUAUAUGAUGUCAGAAAUUGUUAUAAAUAAAUAGAAAUUAUGUAAACCAUAUGUAUAAUUAUAUAGCCUAUAUGCCAUUUUAAGGAUUUCAAUAAUAGUUUGUUUUGUUUACAAAAAUUGUUGUUA